CCGAUCUGCUAGAAGUAUUAAAAGUGGGAGAGGUGCAAAGGUCCGUUGCCAUGAAAAAAAGAAAAUUGAAUGGAAAGAACAAAAUAACUCUGGAGGGGCGGGAAUGAUGCCUUUACAACUAGAAAAUUUAACAAUUCAAUCAAAAUUUACUCAAAGGUUACGUGCUUCUGCUAGAUUAGAUGAUACUGAUUUGAUUAAAAUGAAACAACGGAUUCGAAUUAAGUUUGGGGCUGCGUCUUUUAAGCUUUUAUGCGGUUAA